AUGUUCCUGUUUGCACGCUCUAAUAAAGAGCAACCACGGCUUCGUGAGAAAAGUUCAGCCCCGGGGCUCGUGCACGCUCUGCGUUGCAGUCUGGGAAGAAGUUUCUAUACCAGUGCCUUAGGAACCAGCAGCAGCAGCUCCACCAGCAGAGCCUUUCAGCAGCGCCCCCCGGCCAAGACCUAUGUGAUCGGAGUCAACUACGGCAUCGCGUACCCCAACAACGUCCUCCCCUCCUCCUCCUCUUCCUCCUCCUCCUCCUCUUCGCUCCACCGGGGGCCGCAGCUCGCCCGGACCGAGCAGUGGGGGCUCUGGGAGAGCCUCGGUCCAGCCGAGGGACGCAUCGGGCUUUUGGACGCCGGCGGCGGCCAGAGAUGUGAGCGGGAGAGCAGCCGCGCCAGAGCCAUGCAGAUAGUGGAGGAGGCGUCCGCUCUGCCCUCGCUCCCCGCCCCGGCGGCCAUGCUGCAGAGCAGCGCCGGGAACAGUGCCGGGGCCGCCCUCGGGGGGGCGGAGAUUAGGCCGGAGGGCAGCACGGAGGUUUUAGCCGGGGCGGCGGUGACCAGGACCGGGUCGGCGGACGGCGACUAUCAGCUGGUCCAGCACGAGGUGCUGUGCUCCCUGAAGAGCAGCUACGAGGUCCUGGAGUUCCUGGGGCGGGGCACGUUCGGCCAGGUGGUCAAGUGCUGGAAGAGGGGAACCAACGAAGUGGUGGCCGUCAAAAUCCUCAAGAACCACCCGUCCGAGAACGCGGACGAGCACAACGUGGUGCGCGCCCUGGAGUGCUUCCAGCACCGCAGCCACACCUGCCUGGUGUUCGAGAUGCUGGAGCAGAACCUCUACGACUUCCUCAAACAGAACAAGUUCAGCCCGCUGCCGCUCAAGAUCAUCCGGCCGGUCCUCCAGCAGGUGGCCACGGCCCUGAAGAAGCUGAAGUCUCUGGGUCUGAUCCACGCCGACCUGAAGCCGGAGAACAUCAUGCUGGUGGACCCGUCCCGGCAGCCCUACAGAGUCAAAGUCAUCGACUUCGGCUCGGCCAGCCACGUCUCCAAGGCCGUCUGCUCCACGGCUCCUGAGAUUAUUUUGGGCCUGCCGUUUUGCGAGGCCAUCGACAUGUGGUCGCUGGGCUGUAUCCGGUACAUCUCUCAGACCCAGGGGCUGCCAGCUGAGCAGCUGCUCACCAAGGGGACCAAGACCUCCCGCUUCUUCACCAAAGAGUCCGACUCUCCCUACGCCUCCUGGAGACUAAAAACGACUGAGGAGCACGAGAAAGAGACGGGGCUGAAAUCCAAAGAGGCCAGGAAGUACAUCUUCAGCUGUCUGGACGACAUAGCGCAUGUCAACCUGGUGCUGAGCCCCGACGGGGGCGACAUGCAGGCGGAUAAGGCCGACCGGAGGGAGUUUGUGUCCCUGCUGCGCAGCAUGCUGAUGAUCGACGCCGAGGACAGGACCGUCCCCUCCGCCGUGCUGAGUCACCCCUUCCUCACCAUGACUCACCUGCUGGACCACCCCCACAGCAGCCACCGGCCCAGCAACGCCGUCUUCGAUGCCCUCAACCAGAACACCAUUCAUUUCCCCAGAGCCCCCCUCGCCCCCCCGGCCUCCUCCGGCCUCCCUCUGGGCUACAGCAGCAUCCCCGUGCACACGCAGGUCAGAGGCCGCAGGGCUGCAGACUCGAUCACCCAGUCGGCUCCCUCGGUGCUGCAUCCCGGGAUCGCCCUGACGGGAAACGGGCAGUUUGGGUGCAGUGACUCCUUUCCCCCUGCUCUUAUUCUUUGCCCCCCCACAAUGCAAGGUAACCUCAACCAACCAGCGACAUACUCUGUCCCCAUGGUAACUCAGGCCCCUCCCAUCCAGCCCCUGCCAGUGAGGCCUGGUGUGAUAGCUCAGCAGGCCUGGUCCGGGCGAGGCCAGCAGAUCCUGGUCCCGGCAGCCUGGCAACAGAUGACUCCGGUGGGUCCUCCUCCCUCGCACCCCCCCCCCCCCCCCCCCAGCUCCCUGACCAAUGACACCGCAGCGGGCCCACAGAGGAUCGGCGACUGGGGGAAGGUGCGUUCACACAGCAGCCACUAUAACACAGUGAUGCAGCAGCCGCUUCUGACCAAUCAGAUGCCAGCGCUCUCUGCCCAUCAGCCAAUCAACAUCGGCAUAGCUCACGUUGUCCGGCCAACAAGAGGAACAGACACGGCCACAACAGCAACCUGCCGGACGCCCAAAAUGGUGGACGCUGUCGGCCAGGCGGUGGCGGGGCGGGCGCCCCCCCAGAGGGAGGCCCCCCCGGCGGGCCCUCAGCCCCCAGAGGCCCGACACCCGGACGAGGAAGAGGACGGCGCCGAAGAGGAAGUGAGCUGCUUUAAGGGGGCGGCGCCGGGCGCCACCAGAGCACCGGCGGCCCCCCGCCAGCGGGACGUGGCGCUGCUCAUGGCGGACUCUCCCAGUCCGGCCGCCAGCGCCUGUGGGGACGCCAGCGUCUCCAUGGGGAGAGUCUGCUCCCUCAGCAGCCCCGACAGCAGCCUGAGCACCAGCUCCUUCGCCUCCAACUCGCUGCAGUCCAGCCCCUCCGCCAUGUCUGAGGACGAGGGGCCUGAGAGCGGCUGCGACACGGUGGAGGGCUCCCCGGCGUCCGAGGGGGCGUCGCCGCCGCGCGGUGGCCACGGCGCCUACCGUUACCGCGGCAACGACAACCGCCCGCCCCUGGCCGCCGUGGUGGCGCCGCUCCCCGCCCCCCCCCACGGACCGGGGCAGGAGUCCGCGGGGCGUCCGGACCAUGAUAGUUCCUCCAAUGAGAGGCGCUGCAGCCUGGGGGGGCAGCAGAACUCCUCCUCCAUCCCGCUCAUCCUGUCCCGGCAGCAGACGCUGGCCGGCCAGCAGCAGCUCCCUCUUGGCUUCGGACAGGUGCAGCCGUACGCCUCCACCCACGGCAGCAAAGAGUGGAACGGGAACUUCGGGCCCCUGCGGCCGCACGCCUUCAUCCCCCCCACCCUGAGUGAAGCUGUGGACGGUGGGGGGGAUGAAGGCGUGCGGCCGCAGGGGCCCGAAGUUCCCGUUCCACUCUUUGCUGCCGUGGGUGGAGGCGUACGGCUGCACCUGGGAGGGGCACACAACACGCUUAGAACACGCUUAGAACACGCCAGGGCCAGAGGAAACACAUGCUACAACCAGAGGAAACACAAGCUGAGAACACGCUAA